CAUGGGCCGCAUUCGCACCAAAACCAUGAAGAAGGCGGCCCGGGUCAUCAUAGAGAAGUACUACACGCGCCUGGACAACCACUUCCACACGAACAAGCGCGUGUGCGAGGAGAGCGCCAUUAUCCCCAGCAAGAAGCUCCGCAACAAAAUAGCAGGCUACGUCACGCAUCUGAUGAAGCGGAUUCAGAGAAGCCCUGUAAGAGGUAUCUCCAUCAAACUUCAGGAGGAGGAGAGAGAAAGGAGAGACAAUUACGUUCCUGAGGUCUCAGCCCUGGAUCAGGAGAUAAUUGAGGUGGAUCCUGACACUAAGGAAAUGCUGAAGCUUUUGGACUUCGGCAGUCUGUCCAACCUGCAGGUCAUUCAGCCUACAGUUGCGAUGAAUUUCAAAAUGCCUUGGGAACCUGUUUGA